AUGCUUUUGACUACACCAGAUGGGCAUAUUCACGUUCUUGAUUCCUUUCGUGGUACCCUUUUAUCGACAUAUAAUGUGAAGCCUGUUUCACGUAAUUCAACUUUGGAGGCGUCUUUCGGCCCAGAGGGAACGUAUGUUAUAUCAGGUUCUGGUGAUGGUAGUGUUUAUGCUUGGAGUGUUCGGAGUGGAAAAGAAGUGGCAAGUUGGAUGAGUUCACAAGCCGAACCACCUGUAAUCAAAUGGGCUCCAGGAAGCUUGAUGUUUGUAACUGGUUCUUCGGAGUUAUCAUUUUGGAUUCCAGACUUGUCCAAAUUAUCGGCUUAUGUUGGAAGAAAGUAGAAACUGGAAAUUUAUUUGGUGUUCUUCUCUGGCAUGCCCAUCAAAUUGGGUUCAUGUUUCUCCGAUGAUUUAUUUUGCUUGAUUUUCUGGAGCACAUUACCUGUGAGGCAUUUGCCGCAUUUCUGGUCUGUACCAUUGAUGCAUUUUUCACACGGAAAAGAAGAAUGGGGUUCGACACGCCCACUUGUUGAAGAAAUGCACGCUGAUGGGUAUUAUUCACAUGAGGCAUGUCCGAAGAUGUAACGAUAUGUGAUUGUUAUCCUUUCCUGGUAGUUCAAGGUAUUUUUAUUUUAUUUUCUUUAUGGAUGAAAUCCAUCUAGAUCAAGGCAUAAGUUUUUAAGCUUCAAUGUGAGGUUUCCACUAA